GCAUCGCCGGCGUCAGCCACACCCAGGCGAACGAAGCGGACUACCAGCGAUUGUUUUUCUGUGCGCCGCCGGGUGGGAAAUGGUGUGGGCUGCCUCCAUGUUCAGGCUGCAGCAACCCUCCGUGCCUCGACUGCUUUGCUGGCCAGCAGCUGUAUGCGGACAAGAGGCCUGGCUGCGAUGACGACGAUGAAGGCGUUGGCUGCGUGCCGCCCAAAACUGCUAUGGGCUACAAGGGCCAGCACUGGCCCACCACCGAAAUCAGCGGCACAGGAGAAAUGCACAUCUUCCUCAUCGGAGACUGGGGAGGCCUGGACGGCACACUCGACACGGCCGAGAACCGCCCGGAGAUGAUCGCAUACGACUGGGGCAGGCAGCCAGGGCCUAGCGUCUUCCCAAGGAGUCGCUGGGAUAAGCCGCACAAGGAAAAGCUUUGCGGUCACACGGCGUUUGUGGAGUGCUUCAACACCCGGGGACAGCCUCCCUGUAUCUGCGUCAGCGUUGGGAAAGAGUUUUGCGAAGUCCAGGCUUCCUGA